UCUCGUGGAUUGGCGCUCUGCCAUCUUUGAUUGUGCGACAGGCCGCGGCGCGAGCGGGGCCUCUCUCGAGCGCACGAGAAACCGCCAACCGCCCGUUACUGCUCACCUCACACCGGCGGCGCAACCGGAGAGAUACCAGGAGUUAAAAACGACCGAGAGGAGAGGAGAAGCGCGUCUCUCUCGUCUGUGAAAGGGGUUUUGUGGGUCGCUAACCGCUCGGCUAGCUGGAACUAGCAUAGCACGAGCUUUUGUAAUCCACAGCCGGCCUCUCUCACACACACGCGCUGAAAGACACAAAACAAAGGGCCCGAACGCAAAGCUUCUGGACGGAAUAAAUCACAAGGUUACACCUGAAGAGAGAGACGGGACCGGCGGAGACAGGGGCUGGUUCUGAGGGGUGAGGCCGCAGGACCAGACUCAAUGAGUUUCCAGCGAAAUGUCCGAGAAGUCAGGGCAGAGCACCAAGGCAAAGGAUGGCAAGACCAAGUAUGCAACCCUUAGCCUCUUCAACACGUACAAGGGAAAGUCUUUGGAGACGCAGAAAACUGCAGUUGCCGCCAGACAUGGGCUCCAAAGUUUGGGUAAAGUUGCGGUCAGUCGACGCAUGCCCCCUCCAGCUAACCUGCCCAGCCUAAAAGCUGAGAACAAAGGCAAUGAUCCCAAUGUUAGCAUAGUACCCAAGGAUGGCAGUGGAUGGGCUUCCAGACAAGAUCAACCAGGAGACGAACGGCAGCAAGAAACCCCUCCCCCACAGCCUAAGCCAACUGUGCCCCAGACCUCUGAUGCCCCUCUGGGAGGAAGCCGCUCGUGGGCCAACAGCAAACAGUCUGGGCAGCAGGAUGGAGCUCCUCGAAUGAGCAGUCAGUUUCAUCAGGAGUUUCCGAGUCUGCAGGCAGCAGGUGAAGUGGAGAAACCAGCCGAUCAGGAAGAUGAACCCUAUGGACCAGGGCCCAGCCUCAGGCCUCAGAAUGUGGGUAGCUGGCGGGAAGGUGGAGGCAGGAACCUAAACGUUACUCCCAGCCCCUCGGAGACUGACAGUAAGCCCUCUGAGGAGUCGGGCAUUGGUCGAGGCACACCAUCUCCAUCAGGCGACUCUGAUGAGGCAGGGAAAACCUCUUCUGGUGAGGGCAGAGAAAAGAGGGAUGCCAGGGACAGGCUCCCAACUGCUGCCCCUCAGCAUAAACUUAAUGGUGGUCAGCAACCACCAGGAGGGAUGUCAUCUCAAUUCCAUGCUGCCCAAUUCAGGAGCAUGAUGCCGCCAUAUAUGUUUAAUGCUUACCCUCGAGGGCCCUUUCCACCUGCGCAAGGCAGCUUUAGGUACCCUGCACAACAGGAGAUGUCCAAGGGUCCACGCACUGGAAGACCUUCUUUGCCUCCCUCUCAGUCAUGGCUGCAGGAUCCAGACAGGCCAUCAAUUGUUAGUGCCACUGAAUUAAAAGAGCUAGACAAUCUGGACACAGAAGCUGAUGAGGGUUGGGCAGGUGCCCAAAUGGAAGUUGACUAUACCGAGAAGCUGAAUUUUAGUGAUGAUGAAGAGAACCAUUCAGCUAAAGAGAAAGCCGAUAACUGGGAGUGGAUGGCUAAAGUUGAUCGCAUGCGGUCAAGGAAUGCUGAGGUCCAGGAGGGAUGGAAGGAAGGUACAGAGGAGAGGAGUGAUGGCAAGAGCUCAUGGGGUGAAAGUGGAGACCCCAGGGCUCCCUCUCCUGGCAAUAUUGUCCAUUAUAGCAAGAAUAUAAUGCCACAAGACCAGCAGGGGCAAGCUGUUGGGCGUUCUAUGGGAAGUGGUGGCCCCCGUGUUACAAAGCUGCAAACGACGGCACCUCCUGUUGGUGAGGAGGAAACGGAAGCAUGGCGACAGAAACGAAAGAAGCAGUCAGAGCUCUCUGAAGCAGUGGAACGUGCUCGUAGACGCCGUGAGGAGGAGGAGCGGCGGAUGGAGGAGCAAAGGCUUGCUGCAUGCAAAGAGAAGCUUAAACAACUAGAGGAGAAAAGACGACCUUCGACCACAGAGGCUACUAAACCAGCUACGCAAGCUCACAGCGACCACCAGGAAGUGACUGAAAUUGUGCCUAAACUACCUGCUGAAACUCCGCCCCCUCAACCUCAGCCACCACCUCUGCCUGCACAGCUACCCUGCCCUCCCAUGCCAACUCAUGAAAGGACAGAGCCCACUGUGGAAGAGGUGCCACAAUUCAUUACCCGGCAACCUAGCCCUCCUGUUCUUAGGACUAUCCCAGAACCCCAAAUCAAGGCUGAUACUGCUGUAGCUGAGGAGGUGCAUGGACAGGUGGAGAGACCGCCAAUGAGAGACUACUUCUGUGCUGAGGAGCCCAGAGUUGAGGAGCCUCAGUUGUCAUUGUCCAGACUAGAUCAUUCUGUUAGCGAAGAUGUUCCACUUCCAUCUCAACUGGAGAAUGAAGGAGAUGCUGGGACUUCCAUUCGUCCUUCUGUAACCUCUGGAUACUCAAAACAGUUCCAGAAAUCUCUGCCACCUAGGUUCCUUAGACAACAGGAACAACUUAAACAACAACAGUGGCAGCAGCAACAUCAGCAGCAGCAACAACAGCAGCAGCAGCAAGGUGGAGGAGGUCCGGUCUCUCCUUCAGGGGGUUCAGUUCCUCCUCAGCAUAGAUCUCUGUACCAACCUCUUGGCCCCCACCACCAACAUCUUGCCUCAAUGGGCUUUGACCCAAGGUGGUUAAUGAUGCAAUCUUACAUGGACCCUCGUAUGAUGUCUGGAAGACCACCUAUAGACAUUCCUCCUAUGCACCCGGGGAGAAUGCCUCCUAAGCAACUGGUACGACGAGAGCCCACGGACAACAGCAGCUCUGGAUCAGACACUUUUGAUCAUCUGACACGACCAAUCAGAGAACAUGGAGUUCCCAGCGAGUCUCGAAUGGUCUGGGGUUCUGACCCAUAUCCCUCAACGGAGCCACUGCCCUCCACUGCAACUGCUAAAGGGCGAGAAGAUGGCAAAGACCCAAGAUUGGAUGCUGGUCUGGACCUGGAUAGAGGUCUAUCUGGUGUCUAUCAUCAGGACCAUAGCCCACUGGAGCCUCGGAACAAAAGUGACUUUUUCAGGGAUUCAUCUGAAACAUUGUCUGCUUUUAGUCAUGUUUCAGAUGAGGUUCCAAGUCUCCUACAGACUGACCGAGCACCAGUCAUCCCUUCCUUUGAAACUGAGGAGGCUAACCUCACCGCUACUGAUGAGGUUGAGGCCAUUGGACAGGCUGUAUUGAAACGGAGUAUCUCUCAAGGCUCCAGUCACUCUCUAAAACUGGAAGAACCUAGAUUUGAGGGACUUACUAUAGCACAGAAGACCGUGGACUUCACUGAAACUGUGGAAAGACCAGAAGAAAAGUCCAGAAAGGAGGCCUUUGGUCAAGGCCCUGCCAUCAGCAGCCGUUCCACUCCUCCUGUGACUAACGAUAAUGUGCAUAAAGGUGACAAGCUUAUCUUACCGCCACCCAACAAACAGAAGUCAGAGAUGCGCUGGGGAUCCCGUGGUUCUGGAUCUGGAAGAAGAGAGGGUGCUGGAGGAGAGCGACCGGUCAGGAGAUCUGGACCUAUUAAAAAACCUGUACUGCGAGACAUGAAGGAAGAGAGGGAGCAGAGAAGAGAGAAAGAAGAGCAACAUGAACGAGGAGAUCGAACCAAAAAAGAAGGAUUUGCACCCAAAGGUGCUUCGUCAGCUGCUAUAGUGGCAUGUGAUGGAACAAAGCCUUCCAGUGAUGGGAAGAAAAUGGUGGUGGAACCUGAAACUGGUGGAGCAAAAUCUAGAGAUCUGCAUACAACAGCAGGUCCAGCAACUGCAACUGUUCCUGAGGAAAAGCCAGAUAGGCCUCCAUCUAAUGACAAAUGCCCUGAGCCCAAACUACCCUCUCGCAAAGAAUCCAGCUUCCCUCCCCGAUCGUACAGAAGAGACGAGAGGGAGCGAGAGAGAGAUCGGGACAGAGACAGAGAUCGGGACAGAGAGAGAGACAGAGAUCGGGACAGAGAGAGAGACAGAGAUCGGGACCGAGAGAGAGACCGAGAUCGGGACAGAGAAAGAGACAGGGAUGCGGACAGAGAGAAAGAGUGGCCUUCUGAUUUUAAAGGCCGUGGUCGGGGGGAGUACUAUUCCCGUGGCCGCAGCUACAGAGGCAGCUAUGGUGGGAGAGGUCGAGGUAGUCGUGGGCGGAGUCGAGGGGACUACCCUUACAGAGAGCCACGAUCACGCUCAGACUUGCCAUUAAGUGCCACUGGGGCAGUUGGUUUCCACUGCAGAGAAGAGAGUGAAACACGUAGCGAGAGCUCAGACUUUGAAGUCCUGCCCAAGCGCAGACGCAGACGGGGCUCGGACACAGACUCUGAAAGUGAAGGCAGAGAAUCUGCUAGUGACACUGGAGCAUCAGACCGUGAGCCUAGCACCAAACCAAACAGACCGCUCCGCCGUGAGCUGCCAGAAUCUCGGUCCUCUAAGCCUGCUUCAGGGUAUGCGCCUGGACAUGUUUCAGAAAAACCAGGGUCUCGUGAUGAGGAUGGGCGGCCUAAACCUGGUUUUCUGUUAAAGGGUGAGGUCGCACGUCGGGGCAAAGGACCCUUGCACAGCAGACGUGGAGGUGGCAGAGAAAGAGGUGGACACAGAUCUGCACCUUUCCGGCGCGCUCCUGUCAAAGAGGGCUCUCAGUGGCCCUCGAAGCCCAUGGAGACCUUUCGGCCAGAGGAAGCAGAGACCUCACGGACUGAUAGCACGCCAUCUGAACGUCGACACACCAAAUAUGACAACAAAAAAAUUGGAGACGGUGGACAAAGCAUUCGAGAGAGACCUAGAAGACCAAGAGCAGCCCGUCCUCCCAGGCAGGACAAGCCCCCACGGUUUAGGAGACUUAAAGAGCGUGAGGCAGCAGUGUAUGCUGGUGAAUCAACACCAGGCAUGCCAGUAGCUACAUCCAUUUCCCCAACACUGUCUAAAGCUCCAGGGUCUCAGGUCACUUUGUCUGAGGGAGUGAUUGAUACUAAUACAGCAUCUUCUCACACUCCUGAUGUGAGUCCCCCUGAGCUUCCCGUCACAGAGUCUGUUGUUCCUGAAGUAGGAACCACUACUGUAGUUGCUGCUGGCAGCAAAUCGCCUGACUUGUCCAAUCAGAACUCCUCUGAUCAAGCCAAUGAGGAGUGGGAAACUGCUUCUGAAAGUAGCGACUUUAAUGAACGGAGAGAGCGAGAAGACAAGAAGCUACUUGAAGCAGCUGUGACUGCAACCACAUCCUCCUCCUCUGCACCUGCACAGAUCACUGGUGGACAGAGCAAAUCACUCAUAGAAAGUGUGGCAAUCCCGAAAAGAGAGUUGGCUUCAGCAGCCAAAAGGAGCUUCUCCAGCCAGCGCCCUGUAGAUCGACAGAACCGCCGGGGCAACAGUGGGCCUAAAACAGGUCGGGGGUACCCUGGAGGCAAGAGUGAGAGAAGGGGAGGAUCUGGUGCCAAAUCUGGACGGAGAGGUGCUGCUGCUCAGAAUGCAGAGGGUGCUCAGGCUGGUACAGGUCAGAAGCCUGGAAAAGAGCCAGCAACCAGCCGACGGAAGGAGGAAGCAAAACAAGCUGUUAAAAAACCCAAAGAGAAAGAAAAUGCCUUGUCUCAGUUUGAUCUCAACAAUUAUGCCAGUGUAGUGAUCAUUGAUGAUCACCCAGAGGUCACGACACUCGAGGACCCACAGUCUAACACAAAUGAUGAUGGGUUCACAGAAGUUGUUUCACGGAAACAGCAGAAACGGUUGCAGGAUGAGGAGCGGAGAAAGAAGGAAGAACAGACUGUACAGAACUGGAGUAAAAAGGGCUCUGGAGAGAAGGGUAGGGGAGGUGGUGGUUCGAAACUCCCUCCACGGUUUGCCAAAAAGCAGCAGCAGCAGCAACAACAGCAAGGAGCGGCAGCAGUGCAGCAGCCUGCAGCCCCAGCUCCACAGAGCCAGUCUGUCCCACAGCAGCCUCAACCACAGCCAGCUCUUUCUGUGCCACAGCACAAUCUGCCCACUUCUAACCAGAGCACUGUCUCACCGCAACCUCUUGAGGGUGCUGUAGCACCUCUGGCCCCUCCACCUGUAGACUUCCCUGCUAAGAGUCAGACGCUCAACACCCUGGGUACUGAACUGUGGGAGAACAAAGUGGCUGGCUCCACCGUUCUCUCUGAUGUCAAGAAACUUGGACCUAUCAGUCCUCCACAGCCUCCAUCUGUCAGUGCCUGGAACAAACCACUCACUUCGUUUACUGGCACUGUAACACCUGAGGGUGUAAAAGCAGGUGUAGAGAGUGGAGUUGAGCUGGGCAUGGACAGCAUCCAGUUUGGUGCCCCCUCUUCAGCAGGUAGCACUGACAGUGAUGGAGUGCCUGCCCUGCUGGAGAAAACCUCUGACAAUAAAUUACCCGAACCCAAAGAGCAGAGGCAAAAACAGCCCCGUGCUGGACCUGUCAAGCCUCAGAAGUUACCUGACAUUCCUCCUCCAGAGCACAAGGAAUAUAAACCAGGUCCCAUAGGUAAAGAGCGUUCGCUCAAGAACCGUAAGGCUGCCAAAGAUGUGCGUCAGUCUGAUGGAGAAGGCUUGGAUAACAGUGGAACUGGAGCCAGUCGAGACCGAGACUCCAGCUCACCCGCUAAAGACAAAGUUCCUGAGCUCGGUGGAGACAUUGAAGGCAUGAUCACUGCUCCUGCAGCAGAGUACUCCAGCAGCUCUAAGGUGCGACAUAAUAUCCUGCCGCCCUAAUGUCACAAUGUAUACGGUUUAAAGGUUUGGGAUCAAUGUUUUAAAAGAAAUAUUAAUCAUAAUACCACAAAAAUAUGAAGCUGCAGAACUUUUUAAUUCCGUUAUCAGCAUAUUAGACAGUCCCACCAGGAUU